CGCGCUCCCCGCGCUCCCCCGCCGCGCUCGCCGCAGCCCCGACCUCGCCCGCCGCGCUCGCCCCGCCAUGCCGAACAUCGUGCUCUUCAGCGGCAGCUCCCACCACGACCUGUCCCAGCGGGUGGCGGACCGGCUCGGGCUGGAGCUGGGCAAGGUGGUCACCAAGAAGUUCAGCAACCAGGAGACCAGUGUAGAGAUUGGUGAAAGUGUGAGAGGGGAAGAUGUGUAUAUUAUCCAGAGUGGCUGUGGAGAAAUAAAUGACAACUUAAUGGAACUACUCAUCAUGAUCAAUGCUUGCAAGAUUGCAUCAUCCUCCAGAGUGACUGCUGUAAUUCCAUGUUUUCCCUAUGCCAGGCAAGAUAAGAAAGACAAGAAGGGGUCCGUGGAGCGUUGGAGCCGUGCCCCAAUCUCUGCAAAACUUGUUGCCAACAUGCUGUCAGUUGCAGGGGCUGACCACAUCAUCACCAUGGACUUGCAUGCUUCUCAGAUCCAGGGUUUCUUUGACAUUCCAGUAGAUAACCUGUAUGCAGAACCUGCAGUCCUGCAGUGGAUUAAAGAGAACAUUCCCGAGUGGAGAAACUGUAUCAUAGUCUCACCUGAUGCAGGUGGUGCAAAAAGGGUUACUUCAAUUGCUGACAGACUGAAUGUGGAAUUUGCUCUCAUUCAUAAGGAAAGAAAGAAGGCAAAUGAAGUGGACAGAAUGGUCUUGGUUGGUGAUGUGAAAGACAGAGUAGCAAUUCUUGUUGAUGAUAUGGCUGACACAUGUGGCACAAUAUGUCAUGCAGCAGACAAGUUAAUGUCUGCUGGAGCUACUAAAGUUUAUGCCAUUCUGACUCAUGGCAUCUUUUCUGGUCCUGCACUCUCUCGGAUUAAUAAUGCAUCGUUUGAGGCUGUUGUGGUAACCAACACAAUCCCCCAAGAAGAGAAAAUGAAACAUUGCCCAAAAAUACAGUUUAUUGACAUUUCCAUGAUCCUGGCAGAGGCAAUUCGAAGAACACACAAUGGUGAAUCAGUGUCUUACCUGUUCAGUCACGUCCCCUUGUAACUGCAGGGGAUUACACUGCAUUUUUGCAAAGGUCUCUUAAGCUAGCACUGUUUUCAACCAGGAGAAAUUAUCUUUGUACAAUUUGAGAGCUUGUAUGUUUAAUUGUCAUAUUUGUCUUGUAAUUAACAUUUGUUCUUUGUAAAUGGGAAAUAAAUCUCCAUCUUGCAGAAACCUUAUGAAUUCUCUUGAGAGUCUGGAAGUCUUAUGUGUUGUGCAAGUUUUUCUAUGUGCCUGUUCUCACAUUCAGCUAAAUGCUGCAUCAGAUCCAUUUUUCUAUACAGAACUGCAAACUGUUCCCAGAACUUAACAGGAUGUAUACGUGUAAGAUCAUUCUCUGUGUUAAGUUAAAUGUUAGAGACCUGAGUUCCUUGUAUCUAUUAAUCUGUUGGGCAAACAGCUGGGGGUAUUUUGUUUAUGUUUAAAUACCAUGAACAGUAUUUUGUAAGCUCUAACAGUAUGUAAAGGUCAUGUUAAUUUUGAAGCACUAUUGACAGAUACAGAGUGUGACCUGUUUGAUACACUUAAUGUUGACUUUUUUCCCCACAAAAUAUUUGGGGCAGCUGUUUUCUUUUGUAAAUCUCUCAUCACAUUAAAUUGUUUGCUUAACAUCUA